AUGUUUUAUGUUUAUCAUUGCUAUACAAUAUCACCGAUUUGGCCAAAUCAUGAUAUAUCAACUCUAAAACUUUUGCAAAUAGUCCACAGACAUGGAGAUCGAGCGCCCAUCAGUUUUCCGCCUAACGAUCCCUAUAAAGACCCGAAAUACUGGAAGGAAGGUAUCGGCCAUCUGAACACUAAAGGCAAGUAUCGUAUGUAUAGAGUCGGCCAAUUCAUACGCCGGGAGUACAGCGAAUAUUUAGGCGACGCAUACUCGCCACGAGAGGUCUACGCCCGCAGCUCUCUAUCGCAUCGAUGCAUAGAAAGUGUGUCGACAUUACUGGCGGGUGCUUACCCACCGCGAACCGCUGACUGGCAGUGGAAUAACGGUAGCGAAGCACAGUUGGGUCAGGACUGGCAGCCCAUACCAAUCGAAACCUUUAUGCCAAAGAAGGACGACAUUGUUUUGCGUCAGGAAAAGCACUGUCCGAUCGUUUACAUGGAACGCGAAAAGACAUACAGAGCACCUGAAAUCCAAGAAUAUCUGAAAAAUCGUACCCAACUAUUCGCUAAACUGUCCGAAAUUGUAGGCUAUCCAAUAGAUUCGGUCAAAAAGUGCGGUCAAUUACACACUGCCUUACAAAUUGAAAUGCUUAACGGCUACUACUGGUCUCAUGUGUGGUCACGUGAGGAACAGCAACAAAUUGUUGACCAAUUGCUGGACAUUCAUCGAAUGGCAUACAGAAUCGAUUGGAACAGUACUAUAAUUAAACGUUUGAGAGCCGGCGGUUUGGUUAAAGAGUUAAAGAAAAACUUUAAAUCAGUAUUGAAAGAAACCAACGAUAAGAAAGUCUACAUAUAUUCGACACACGACUCAAUGUUGGCCACACUUAUGCACGCAUUGAGCAUCUUUGACAAUGAUUUACCACUUUUCGGGUCAACACUACUAUUUGAAUUGCAUCACAACUCUAAUCUUGUCGACGACCAGUAUUUUAUUCGUAUCUAUUAUUUGCGGGACACGUUUGCCGAGUCGCCAACACCGGUCCAGUUGGGUAAUUGUGGCAACAAAUAUGAUUGUCCGCUAACAGAGUUUCUCGAGUCAACCAAACAUUUGAUUUAUGAAAAUUUUAAGAAAGAGUGCAAAAAUUUUGUGAAUCACGAAAAGUAUAUCUACGACGACAAACUUUAUUUUAUUAAAUAA